AUGACUCUGCUGGAAUUCACCGGCUGUUCUCUGCUGGGUUUCGGCCCGACGCUGUCGAUGUUCGUGCUCACAGUGGCGGGACAGCCGAGCCGCGUGAUUGUGUUCGUGACGGGCUCCUUUUUCUGGCUGCUCUCGCUGCUGCUCGCCUCUCUCGCCUGGCUGCUGCUUGUGCCCCUGCACCAUUACAGCGCAUCAGGGGUCGCCAUCGCUGUCCUCUCACAGGCACGCUCCCUUCUGCUGGGCGCCGAGGAUCGCGAGUGCUUCCGGCUGCUCUUCUUCCGUGUGCUGCGCAAGGCCGAGCGCGUGCUGAACGCGGUAGCGCUGACCGCUGCCGAGGACGUACUGCGCUCUCGUUUGGCAUUCGCCUACACGGCUGGCCUCGCCUUUGGAGCCAUGAGCGCACUCUUCUCGCUACUCGGCCAGCUUGCUGACGCCCUGGGGCCCGGGACGGCAGGCAUUUUCGGAGGUACGCCGCGACGUCUAACUGUGGCAGCAAUCACUGCAGCCACCUUCAGUGUGCUGCAUGUCUUCUGGGCCCUGGUCUCUUUCCACGCGCUUGACACGCGCCGAUGGUCGGUGCUCGCCUUCGCCCCGGCUGCCCACAUGGCCGCAUCGGCGGCCACGCUGCUGGCACCUGGCGGCGACUACGUCAUCUUCCUGGGCGCCCUCUGUGCAGUCCUGGCGGUGUCUGCGGCGAUGGCGUUUCACGCGGCGGGAGGCAGCGCUGGAAAUAUUGUCGUUUUAUUCAGGCGCGGCUCCAAGAAAUGA